AUGACGGAUCAAUUUCUCAUCCGCAAGUUUCGGUGGCGGCCUCUCGCCGGCGCCAAAAAUACUGUGACCGCAGCAUUUUACCAGCUUCAACAUUACCAUGCCAAUGCUACAUCCAUUAAUACCGACGGGGGAAACACUAACGAGGAAAAAAAGACCAACCAAUGGCUCACUCUACCGGCGUUCACUCCCUCCGUUGACGGUUCUGCAAUCGGAAAAGUACUCUCCGGCCGGCCAUCGGACACCAAAGCUAGAACCAUUACCAAUAACGUGACUGCGCUUAAAUGGAUCCUCAAGUGCUGCCCUCAACUUCCCAGGUCCCUUGUUCACAAGCUCUUUAGACUAAGACAGGUUCGAAAAGAAUACUUUGCAGAAGAAACAAAGUCAUGUCAACUCAAAAGGGUAGGAGCCAAGGAUCUGAUGGACACCGGCGAUAGAAUAUUCCUUCCAACAACAAUUGAUGUAAAGACUUGCUCAACAAAACAUGAGAAUGAGAACCUUUGCAAUGAAGAAAUGAAGUUUAUCCGUGGCCUUGAAUUAUAUAGGGAUUCAGCAAUAAUUGUGAUCAAUAAACCACCUGGAAUGCCGGUACAGGGUGGCGUUGGGAUAAAGAGAAGUUUAGAUGAAUUGGCUGCCAAGUAUUUGCUAUAUGACUAUACAGAGUCUCCUCGCCUGGUUCACAGACUUGAUAGAGACAGCAGUGGCAUAUUAGUAAUGGGAAGGACACUAUUAAGUGCUACCAUUCUGCAUUCAAUCUUCCGAGAGAAAACUUUUGGAGCAUCAGAUGACGUUCUCGCGAGUAAAAGAUCCUUGCAGAAGCGCUAUUGGGCACUUGUUAUUGGAUCUCCUAGACGUGCUGGAGGAUUAAUCUCAGUACCAUUAGGAAAGGUGGUGAUUGAUGAUGGAAAAUCUGAGAAGAUUACUGUAGUUGACAAAUUCCACACAUCAGUACAGCAUGCUGUGACAGAAUAUCGAGUGAUUUCAUCUUCAUCUUGUGGUUACACAUGGCUAGAGUUGUCUCCACUUACUGGAAGAAAGCAUCAGCUGCGUGUUCACUGUGCCGAAGUUUUGGGGACACCAAUAGUCGGAGACUACAAGUAUGGGUGGCAAGCUCAUAAAAAAUCAAAACAUAUCCUCGUUAGUUCAGAUUGCCAACUGGAAAAAAAAAAUUCCAAGGGAAAACCAGAUUCUUUUGGCCUCGAUUUGGAGAAUGGAAGUAUCUUUGAUAAACAUUUUCGUCUUCAUCUACAUUGUAAGCAGAUGCUGUUGCCGAAUAUUGCUCAGAUACCAUUUUCCUUGCAUACCGUUGAGUUAGUUGGCCAUUUUGUCCCCAUUGGCCAGAGUACAGCUCGCAAAACAGAUUAUUUUCACCAGCCUACCUACAGAAGUAUCUUCCGCCGACGCCAUGUGGCAUCCCACGUGGACUUCUUGUUUGUUGGGUUGCAAUGUGGUCCAUUAGAACAUCCGUCCAUCUUGUCAAAAAUCAUUCUAUUUCGUCAAUUGUCCAAUGGAGAUUUGUAUCGUUCUGGACGAAAUGAGCAUGGUGCAAGAGAUGAUGAACAGGCCUUACAAGGGCUACCGAGCUUUUCAAGUGAUUUUCCAUUCCAAGCCAUGGUGAGGGGCACAAAGGACCAACAAGACAUUGCUAUGGUUCAAGUCCGGGAGAGGGAGGGACACAAAUACCACCAAGUCCUUCGAGUGGUUCAUAUCAUUCUAUUCCAAGCCCAAGUCAAAGACAUGGUCAAGCAAUUGUACCAAGACCACCAAGGAUAG